AUGACCUCGGUGUGGAAGCGCCUGCAGCGCGUGGGCAAACGGGCCGCUAAGUUCCAGUUUGUGGCCUGUUACCACGAGCUGGUGGUGGAGUGUACUAAGAAAUGGCAGCCGGACAAGCUGGUGGUGGUGUGGACCCGAAGGAACCGCCGCAUGUGCUCCAAGGCCCACAGCUGGCAGCCGGGCAUCCAGAACCCGUACCGGGGCACUGUGGUAUGGAUGGUGCCUGAAAACGUGGACAUCGCAGUGACCCUCUACAGGGACCCCCAUGUGGACCAGUACGAGGCCAAAGAGUGGACGUUUGUCAUUGAGAAUGAGUGCAAAGGACAGCGGAAGAUACUGGCCUCGGCCGAGGUGGACCUGGCCCGCCACGCGGGGCCCGUGCCCACCCAGGUUCCCCUGCGGCUGCGGCUGAAGCCCAAGUCGGUGAAGGUGGUGCAUGCUGAGCUGAGCCUCACCCUCUCGGGGGUGCUGCUGCGGGAGGGCCGCGCCACGGACGAUGACAUGCAGAGUCUGGCAAGCCUCAUGAGUGUGAAGCCCAGUGACGUGGGCAACUUGGAAGACUUUGCUGAGAGUGACGAGGAGGCUAACGGCCCGGGCGUCCCUGAGGCCCGGGCCCAGGUCUCCCAUCCAGAUACCUCUCGGGAGCUGAAAACACAUCAUGAGGAAGAAGAGGGGAACCAGGUCCAGCCUCAGCAGCCAGCUGUCAGCCCCCCUAAUGCUGAGGAUACCAGCCCAGCCCCUGUGAGUGUCCCUGCGCCCCCUGCCAGGGCCUCCCGGGACCAGGGCUCAGAGGCAGCUGUAACAGGGGGCCGGGGGGGGCCUGAAGCCCCCAGGCCCCCAGGAACCCCACUGGAGACGUGGUCCUCAAGUCAGCCAGGCCAGGAUGCGGCCCCCACCCCAGCCCCCCGGUUCCGGAAAAGCCCCGAUGCCCCCCAGGCCCCAGUCCCCCAGGGAGACGAUAAGGCCCUCGAAGCCUCAGAGGCUUCCCCGGCAGGAGUGGGUUGUGCUGGGGAGACCCAGGCCCGAGCAAGGCCUCAGGAAGGGCCGGAGGCCCAGGGAGCCAGGCUGGGCCCGAGCAUUGGUGAUGGAGUCUCCAUAGACUCUUCAGGGGAGCAGAACCCCAAAGCUAAGGAGGAGGACACUGGGGAGAGGCCAGAGGCCAGUGGGGUGCAGACCGAGCGCAAGUCGGGAGUUGGAGAGGUUCUCACAAGGCAGCCAGGGGUGGGAGCUGGGGAGACCGCAGCGAGCUCACACAUCAGUCAAGCUGGUGCUGAGCACAGGUCCCCGGUGAACCAUACGGACACUAAGGGACCAGAGGCCGCUGGGACGAAGGCCGAGGCAAGAUUCAGGGCACCUCCUGAGGCUCCUCCAAGGGGAUCUCAGGGGAGGCUGGGGGUCAGGACCAGGGAUGAGGCGCCUACAGGCCUGAGCUCACCUCCAGCAGAACCUGCAGGGCACCCCAGGCAUCACGUUGACCUCCAGGAGGUCAGGGCUGCUGCAGGCUCGGAGGGAGAGGGUGCAGAGGUGAGCAGUGGAGCCCCUAGUGUUGGGGGGACAGGCCUGGAACAGGACCCUUCUGUUGGAGCCGCAAGCACCAGGCCCCAGGUGAGCAGGAGCCAGUGGGCCCCACCAGCCGCUGACCAGGGGGUGGUGUCUAGGGCUGUGGGGGUCUGGGAGACAGAAGCUGGGGAUUCGAGGGUCCUGGGGUCAGAAGCUGCUGGGACAGCAGAGUUGGAGCUAUUGGGGACCCAGAAGACAGAGGGAGUGAGUUCAGGGGUCCUGGGGUCAGAGGCUGCUGGGACAGCAGAGUUGGAGCUAUUGGGGACCCAGAAGACAGAGGGAGUGAGUUCAGGGGUCCUGGGGUCAGAGGCUGCUGGGACGGCAGAGGUAGAGGUAUUGGGGACCCAGGAGACAGCAGCAGGAGUUUUAGAAGCUCUGAGGACGGAGGCUAGGACAGCAGAGUCUGAGAUAUUGGGGACCCAGGAGCUAUCUGGAGGUUCAGGAGUACUGAGAAUAGAAGCUGAGGUAGUACAGUCUGAGGUAUUGGGGUACCAGGAGACAGAGAUGGGGGCUUCAAGGGAACAGGGGACAGAGGCUGGAAGCACAGAGGCUGAAGUAUUGGGGUCCCAGGAGACAGAGGUGCGAGCUUCAAGGGUACAGGGGACAGAGGCUGGAAGUACAGAGGCUGAAGUAUUGGGGUCCCAGGAGACAGAGGUGGGGGUUUCAGGGGAACAGGAGACAGAGGCUAGAAGUACAGAGGCUGAGGUACUGGGGUCUCAGGAGACAGAGGUGGGGGCUUCAGGGAUACCAGGGACAGAGGCUGACAUACUAGGGACCCAGGAGAUAGGAAAUAGGGUUUCAGAGGCAGUAACAGCAGAGUCUAAGAUACUAGGGGUCCAGGAGGCAGAGGUAAAGGGUUUGGGGGUCCCAGGGAUGGAGACUGGGACAGCAGAAACUGAGAUACUGGGGACCCAGGAAGUAGCAGGUGAGGGUUCAAGGGCCCAAGGGACUGAAGCUGAGACAGCAGAGUCUAAGAUACUGGGGGCCCAGGAGGCAGAGGGAGGAGGUCCCGAGGUCCCAAGGACAGAAGCUGUCAUGGUAGAUGAUGAAAGACUGAGGACUCGGGAGACAAGAAUUUCAGAGGCUGAGGAGGCUGAAGCUGAGGUUUUGGGGCUCCAGGAGGCACAGUCUGGGGUUUGGGGGACUCUAGAAACCAAACAUGAGGCUUUCAUAGCUGCAGUCACUAGACAUGAAGUUCUAGGGUCCCAGGAAGCAGAGGCAGAGACUGGGGGGGUCCAGGAGACAGAAGAUAAAGCUUGGAGGGUCCCAGAGCCAGAGGCUGGGGUACUGGAGCUCUCAGAAGCCAAAUCCGGGCCCUUAGGGACCCAGGAAGCAGACACCCAAGUUUUAGGGGCCUCAGAGAACAUAUCUGGAAUUUUUGAGGACCAGGAAGCAGAGGCUCAGAUCUUGGGGCCCGAGAAGGGACAAGAAGCUGAGAGAAGCCCCCCAGAGGCCAGCCUGGUUGAAGGGCAGGUGGCCAAUGGGGCAGGGGCUGGGGUGCCCAAGCCCUUGGGCGCCUCCUGCUCAGAGGAGCCUGAAGAGGACAGGAGGCUGCGGGGCAGCCAGGCACCACCUGCCCUGGUCAGUUCCAGCCAGUCCCUGCUGGAGUGGUGCCAGGAAGUCACCGCUGGCUACCGUGGCAUCCGCAUCACCAACUUCACCACAUCCUGGCGCAACGGUUUGGCCUUCUGCGCGAUCCUGCACCGAUUCCACCCGGACAAGAUCGACUAUUCCUCUCUGGACGCCCUCAACAUCAAAGAGAACAAUAAACAGGCCUUCGAUGGCUUCGCGGCCCUGGGCGUGUCGCGGCUGCUGGAGCCGGCGGACAUGGUGCUUCUGUCGGUGCCUGACAAACUCAUCGUCAUGACCUACCUGUGUCAGAUCCGCGCCUUCUGCACCGGGCAGGAGCUGCAGCUGCCCGGGCCUGUGCCGCCGCCGCGCGCGCAUGGCUCCUUCUCCCACGUGCGCGACGCUGACCUGCUGAAGAAGAGGCGCUCGCGGCUGCGGAACAGCAACUCCUUCUCGGUGGACGAGCCUGAUGCUGGGGCCGCGGGAGUGGCUGCAAAUGAAGGCUUGAGCCAUGACCCCAGCCCAGCCCCUGGCCCAGCCCCAGCUGCAGCCCCACAGACGCCCAUUGUUGGUGGGAGCCCCCCAUCAGAGGAGCAGCCUCCAAGCCCAGGGGAGGAGGCUGGGCUGCAGCGGUUCCAGGACACAAGUCAAUACGUGUGCGCAGAGCUGCAGGCCCUGGAACGUGAGCAGAGACAGAUAGACGGACGGGCGGCCGAGGUGGAGACGCAGUUGAGGAGCCUCAUGGAGUCAGGUGCCAACAGGCUGCAGGAGGAGAUGCUGAUCCAGGAGUGGUUCACACUGGUCAACAAGAAGAACGCGCUCAUCAGGCGGCAGGACCAGCUGCAGCUCCUCAUCGAGGAGCAGGACUUGGAGCGGAGGUUUGAGCUGCUGAGCCGGGAGCUGCGGGCCAUUCUGGCCAUCGAAGACUGGCUGAAAACCACCGCGCAGCAGCACCGAGAGCAGCUGCUGCUGGACGAGCUGGUGUCGCUGGUGAACCAGCGCGACGAGCUGGUCCGGGACCUGGAUCACAAGGAGCGGAUAGCCCUGGAGGAGGACGAGCGCCUGGAGCGCGGGCUGGAGCAGCGACGCCGCAAGCUGAGCCGGCAGCUGAGCCCGCGCGAGCGCUGCGCGCUCAGCUGA